GAUUCCAUAUUUAUGUGAUGAUUAAAUCGCUAGGCAGAGCCAAUAAAUUCUAAGUUUUAGGAGGUACCUCGGCCUUUACUCGCAAAGUGGGAGACUUGACUACUUUUUUUUCCUUUGUUGAUAUAUUUAUGACUCCAAAUUCUGAACUUGUCAAUCUCUUUUCUUUCCUAUCUUACUUUUUCAUCUUGUUUCACUUCAAUUGAAGAGAUGGAUCCUUCUGGUGCAGGAACAUGUGCGCAGAUUGCUAGGCAAGAUGCUAAUCGAAAGCUUGAUGAUAUAAAUGCGAUGCCCGUUUCUCAUGAAUCAGGUGGCACGAAGACUUUUGAUCCAGUGGAUGUAGAGACAUCGAAGCACAAAAAGGGAUGGAGGAAGAUUGUCAGGAAUUUCACUCCCUCAUGGUUCUCUGCAACAAUGGGCACGGGAAUCGUAUCUAUCCUGCUUCAUAACCUUCCUUAUAAUGGUGCUUGGCUAAAAUAUAUCUCUGUCAUCAUCUUUGUAUUCAACAUUUUUCUUUUCUGUACAUUUCUUGCUAUUUCGCUAGCGAGAUAUAUAUUGUAUCCGCAAAUAUGGACGGCCAUGAUACGGCAUCCCGCGCAAUCAUUAUUUCUGGGAACGUUCCCGAUGGGACUAGCGACGAUUAUUAAUAUGAUUGUUUUUGUGUGUGUGCCGGCUUGGGGAGGAUGGGUAGUGUAUUUGGCUUGGACUUUGUGGUGGAUAGAUGCCAUUAUUUCUGUAGCUACUUGCUUCUAUCUUCCUUUCGUAAUCAUGUCUCUCCAUAAAGUUGAACUUUCAACUAUGACAGCCGCCUGGCUUCUCCCAAUUGUUGCCCCUAUCGUUGCAGCUGCUUCAGGGGGCAUUGUCGCUUCCGUCCUCCCCAAUCCUCAACACGCCCUCUAUACCGUCUUAGUCUCCUACAUCCUCUUCGGAACCGGCUUUCCCCUCGCAAUGACAAUCCUCGUAAUCUACUUCCAACGUCUCACCGUCUACAAGAUCCCUCCUCGAGAAGUAAUCGUUUCGGUCUUUCUGCCCCUCGGUCCCCUCGGCCAAGGCGGUUUCGCACUCAUGCAACUAGGAAAAGUUUCCUUGACCCUUUUCCCCCAAACCAACACUCUCCCCGCUAUCCCAGCCCCCGGUCCCGGUCCCAUCUUCUAUACUCUCGGAUUUCUCUUCGCUCUCAUAAUGUGGGGCUUUGGUCUCCUAUGGUUAUUCUUCGCGCUGGCGAGUAUUUCCCGAUCGCGAUUUCCGUUUAAUGUGGGGUGGUGGGGAUUUACGUUCCCGCUGGGGGUUUUCGCAACAUCGACUGUGAUGAUUGGAGCAGAGCUUCCGUCGAGAUUUUUCAGAGUGCUAGGAACGGUUUUUAGUGUUCUGGUGACGGCGCUGUGGGUAAUGGUUGCGGUGGGAACGGUCAAGAGGGCGUUUUGGGGAGGGUUGAUUUUCGCGCCUUGUUUGAAGGAUGUGGAGGGGGCAGAGAGGGAGGCGAGAUUACAUUUUGAGGGAAGUGGGAAGGGGGGGAAGAAGUCGGGUAAGGAGAGUGGAGAUGAGAAUGCGAAUGGGGUUACACAAAGGAGAACAGGGAAUGCAAGUGCAGUUUAGGGUUAGCGAGCAUUUGGCUUUUUGCAUACCUUUUUUAGGGGGUUUUUCUCUCAACCUUUUUUUUUUUCGCAUUAGAUUGGUUGGUUGGGAUGAAGCUCGCGCUUUUUGUAUGGAUAUUUUAUAGAUGAAUUUUAUUUCUAGAGAGCCAAAUCAAUGAUAAUAUAUGAGAUAUCAACAACUAAAUAUACACAUACCCACUCUCCA